AGUUCAAGGUCGUUACGCACAGCCGUGCUCGAAUUGCUUUAGGGGGCUUGUUUCUCUCUCACGAUGUUCGCAACAUCUGCCGUUCUCCACCGCUCUACAUAGCGUAGUAUUAAAUCAGAAGUAGGGUCUUCCUCAUUCACAAACUGGUUUUUGUUGGCAACUGCCAAAUGGUAGAGAUUUAAAUCUUUACCAGUCAUGUGUUACCAUAUGUAUUUAACAUAAUUAUACUAAUCAUUAGCAGUAAUAAGUAAACUAUCCUGAACAUUUUCACUUAUGAUUUAAUUUAGCCAUAGGUCUGAGUCACUAAACUGGUAUAUUGUUUCCCAUCCCCAGCUUUUUAGGCCUUUUCUCUUUUUAUACUGAUUAACAUCGAAAUUUUCAUUUUAGAGCAUGCAUGUUUUUAAAUCAAACACCGUAAGCAUUUUCAGAAGUAUGCGCUAAUUGCCUCUUAGUUACAAUCCAAUAAUGUGUCAGUUUCUAUGCUAAUACGUGUAUAUCAAAGUAGUCCGUUAAUUAUAACUUGUAUUUUAUAAGCUUCCCGAAAGUCGUCCAUUUAAGUCUACUUGUACAUCCCAAGUAUUCCUCAUGUGCAGACUGACCUGCUUUUAUUUUGAUGCACUAAUUAGUGUGCAGUGAAUACUGACUAAUCGGUAUAUUUUUGUUUAGAGUAUGAGAUGCUUGCACAGUUAUUCUGAACAUAGUGGCGAAAUCAUGUUGACUCAAUGAUUAGAGACUUUAACGAGUUACCGAGGGUCAGAGUUCUUGGGUGUCUCGUACUCAUUUUUAGUGUAAAGGUCUUAGACUUAGCCAUGGUGUUAAUCUGGCUGUAAAGAGUUGGAUGUACAUUGGGUCACUGGAAUCAGUUCCGGUUCUUAAAUAUGGAACAUGUCCUAUUCUAGGUAAGGGCGUUUGAUUACUGUGAGUUUCGUAAUCGUUGUCCCCGAAGGAUUGCUUACAUUAACAAAAACAAUAGUACGAUAACUUCAUGUAGCAGCAAAAUACUUUUAUAUUUCAACCCCUGUUGUGCCAAGUUUGUCACAGUUUAUUUAAUUUUCAAUUUAACCUCCUGUAACUUGCCGUGCUUUUCCUGUAACUAGUAGUUCGAGUGUUAACGUUUAAUCGUUUAAGGAUUCAAGUAAUUGGAUAACAGUGGCUUCAUGUAUUUCAUAGUGUUUUACAGAAGUUCUAGUUGCUAUUUUUUACUUUUUCAACGUAUUUCUUACAGAUGAUUUAACAAUUGUUCGGAAUAUUAAAAGUCUCAUGUCCCUCUCAUCAGACCGCGCAAGAUGUCUUGCAGUUACUUUCCGUCAGCACGUACAACCGUCACGCUUUACUUUGCAUGUGUUUGAUUUGUUUAUUUCCUUCAAGUAUAUCAACGUCACACAUCAACAUAAUUCAUGGCUUUCUCAAGCUAUCCAAAAUUGUUAUCUUAUUGGUCAUGUUGAACCAUACUUAUUAUUAAUAGGUGGAUCUUCCGCACAUUUGCAAACCAUAAAGUUAUCAUGGGAUAGAGGUCAACUUAAAUCUCCUUUUGGUUUCUCAAUCAACUCAGUGUCAGAUGUUGGUUCUUGGCUGUUGGAGACUUCUCAGUUUAAUGCGAUGCGUUUAGAGGAAGUUAUCUGUCAACUAGUUUGGCAAGUUACACAAUCUGAACCUAGUUGUUCAGUGGAACGUCUAGUCAAAUAUCUUGAAGACGUAUAUCGUGGCAUACAGCUUCCUGUCCCUUCACUAAAUGAUGUGAAUAAUUCUUUGGCCGUCUUAACUCAAGCUGGAGCGAUAUAUUUUAGCGGUCACGGAUACAACCUUCUGACACCUGAAAAGUUAGCCGUUGCAAAAUGGCUUGAAAGUAUACCGGAAACAUGUACAGACACUGAAAGUGUCUUGGAUUACCCAAUUUUAAAAACGGCACCUCUAGCAGAAAUAGAGCCAUUUGGACGAAAUGCAUCCUUAUCUGAUCCAGUUAACCGUUGUGAUCUUGUUCAAAACAACGACCAACUUCGCAAUGCUAAACAUAAAAUUGGAAAUUCUACAUAUUAUCGAAAUGCUAGUGCUCUGGUGCCAGUUCCCGAAAAUCUAGAACUAGAACAUUUGCUCAGGUCUUUCAGUGCUCAUUCCAUAAGUUCAUAUCACCUUCGACGUAAUCACAUAAAUCAUUGCAACCCAGUUGUAUUUGUUUCACCUACCAAUAGUUUAAAAUAUCUCAAUUCCCAGUUCCUCUCAACUUAUAAAACAAAUGACAUCAAUAGUAAUUAUGUUAUGAAAUCAGCAAGAGAAAAUGUUAUUAAAUUUAGUUCAGCUGGUGUGAGUGAUUUUCUUAAAUCACAUACAGCUCGAUCUGAAAUCAAACUCCCACAUCAUUCACAAAUGGAAACACCAUUCACCAAAUGUACUAAAAUACCAUCAAACAAAAAAUUUCAUUCCCCAGGUUUUUUGAAGUGGCUUUUGGAUCGAUUUCAACAUCUUCGGCUUUCUUGGCGUCCCAGUCGCCUGUCAUGCGUUGAAGAUCAGAUUAUGCAUCCUCAGAAAGGUAAGACAUCUCAAGCAAUAAAAACUGCUAAAGAUGAGUAUUAUGUUCCCAGUCAUCCUGCAAAUCAACCACCCCAAAACCAUGCGAUAUCCUACGAUAGCUUUUCUACUAGCAACUUACGAAGAUGCUUUAGUUUGUCGGAUGGGGGGAAAUCGAAUAAAACUAACGACCAAAUUAUAAAGAACUGCAGUUCAUGCAUGGAAGCAUCGUUCUCUUCAGGGAUUUUGAAUGCAGAAAUUAACGGUAAAGGUAGCAGAAAACGAUCAAGUUGUCCAAGUAAACAAUUACAUUUGUCUUCUCAAAAAGACAUUCAUGGGAACCAUUCAGUAGCAUCCUUAACUGUUAGCUCAGUAUCUUUUUCGAAAAAUCAUUUUCUAAGUCAAAAUCACGGUAUUAAAUCAGUACCACGUCUAAUUACUUCACCCCAUACUCUGGUGCGUAACUCUUCAAAGAAUGGCUCGAACUUUUCUAUACAACACAGUGGCCGGACGUCUACUAUGCGAGAUAGUGGGUUUGUAGAAGGACUACAUCGCCCUUUCAUAUCUGGUUCUUUUAUACAAUCUAAUUUCUCGAAAUCCUCCGAAAGUUCCCGUAUGCAUCAUGGUCCUAGAUCAGACAGUUUGCGAAAAGCGUCUAUUAACUCCUCAAAUCUUUGGUGGUACAUAGGAUCCAGCCGCUUGGCACCUUCUAUAAAAGCUUCCAGGCCACAAUUCAUUACUUCUAAUAAUAUGUGAAUGUUGUUAAGAAAUGCCAUUCAAACUAUGCUUUCAAUUUAUUAACUAUCAGUCAAAAGUCACUAAUCCUGUUACACCUUUUAAUAGUUGUAUAUAGUGUGUUCCUUUGCAUUUAUCAUACUAGUAUGCAUUCAAUAGUUACACAUUUUGUCUUUCCGAGAUUUGAAUAAACCUAUUUUUUGGAUGCGCUCAGAACCGAACAUACAAAUUUCGUAAUCGAUAACUCAUUUUUUUAACCUCUUAAUUUAAAUUAUUUCGAAGAAACUCCUUUACUGCCAUUUUUAUCUCUGCUUUCUCUUUGCUGCCUUACCAUAACUGUAUUUUUUUAGAAUUGUUUAUUAGAAAUACAAUUGAUACAGAUAAUUAGUUUGG